CUUGCGCGGAGCGGUGCAACUGCCUUCAGGUGUGGCGCGCGCAGGAAGGUGCGGCGCGUACUGAGCGGCACGCGGAGCGCGCUCUAAGGAUAAAAACCCUUGGAUGUGAGGGAAAAGUAAAAGCGCGAAAAAACGGUCCUGAACUCCGCCUGGCUGUGCCGUGAGGAGUGGCACUCAGUGCUUAUCAUGCCCGUGGGAGUCUGUCCGCUUGGUUCCCAAAAAUAAGACAACAGGUGAAUAUUGUCAAUACGUGACCGGCUGCAAGGAUGGAGCAUCUGAACUGAAGGACAAAAAGUCAGCUGUCUGCAACUUUGCCGCUGGAUUUUGUAACUUAUACCUGUCUGGACAAGAAUAUUUCGAAGAGAUGUUUCUUUGGGUUUAAGUAUUUUACCCUGCCUAAUAAGCUAGUACGUUAUUAUUUUUGAACUGUUAUCCAUAUUUUCGCUCUGCAAAAUCUUUUAGGGAAACUUACAUUGACGUAUAUAUAUGUAUAUUUCCAUCCACUAAAAAGAAGAAUUAAUGGACUCGCUGACCAUCUCCGUUCUUGUUUUUCCGAAACUGCGGUGAGUCCUUUUAUCUGGAUAACAGAGAACAUCGUUUUCCCGGUUUGAAAAUGGCUUUGGCAUUAAGAAGGUAGUUCCUGUUUGUCAUACGGCCCCCUCAUGACUGUAUCGGGUGUAGAUGGCCCACGGGGCUCAGAGCAGGACAGCAGGAACAGCAGUGCAGCAGAGCCCUCUUGCUUUGGCAACCAGUCCCUGUACUCCCCCGAGGCCACGGCUGCCUUUGCCACUGUCAUCACGCUGAUGGUGCUCUUCACUAUCGUGGGCAAUAUCCUGGUCAUCAUCGCAGUUCUGACAAGCCGCUCCCUCCGGGGGCCCCAGAACCUGUUCCUAGUGUCCCUGGCCGCGGCGGACAUAUUGGUGGCCACUCUUAUCGUUCCCUUCUCUCUGGCCAAAGAGCUAAUGGGCUGCUGGUACUUUGGCUCCACGUGGUGCAAAAUCUACCUGGCACUGGACGUGCUCUUCUGCACCUCUUCUAUAUUCCAUCUGUGUGCCAUCAGCCUGGACCGCUACCUGUCCAUAUCUCGAGCCAUCACCUACGGCGCCAAGCGCACACCCCGGUGCAUCAAAGGGGCCAUCCUGGUGGUGUGGCUCAUCUCAGCGCUCAUCUCUUUCCCUUCGCUGCUCUUUGUGAAAAAAAUAGACAAGGAGUGUGAGCUCAUUGAAGAGACGUGGUACAUCCUCUACUCCACCGUCGGCUCCUUCUUUGCCCCCUGUCUCAUCAUGAUCCUGGUGUACUUGCGCAUCUACCAGAUAGCCAAGCAGCGCACACGCUGCCCCCCGGGGGAGCAGAGGAAGGAGGGGACGCCUGCGGCCACCACGACACCCCCUCAGGCCCAGCAAAAUGGUACCAAUGAAGGCACGGUUCAGAAAGGUCACACUCACAGGCCACCUAGUCUUGUCGUGACACCCUGUCCAUCUUCAAUGCAAGCCAAGAAGUCUACCAAUGCCCACAACAUGCUGCAGCCCCCCUCGCCCUCUGUCACCCCCACCACCCCCUCCUCCCCAUCAGGUCCUUCCCCUAUACUGAUAUCCUCCUUGUCUUCUGCUCAUCCACUGGAGAAAGUUCCUAAGUCUAAUGGAGGCAAAAAGCUCAAACGAGUGGGCAGAAGGCCGGUCAACAACAACGGUGAGAGUACCAGCUCUGGGUCGGACACCGAUCAGGGGCUGGUGCUCGAGGGCCCACAGGCCGCCGGCUCUGGGAUGCAUUCUCCAGCUUCAGUACAGAAGUACAGGGACACGAUUACCACCUCAAAGGGGGUGAUACUGGCAGGGUGGAGGUCUAAGCCAGAUGGCACCCGUACCUCGGCACGGCGCAAGGCCAUCGUGAACCGCGAGAAGCGCUUCACGUUCGUGCUGGCAGUGGUGAUCGGAGUGUUUGUGGUCUGCUGGUUCCCCUUCUUCUUCUCCUAUAGCCUGCAGGCCAUCUGCCCUGAAGCCUGCAAGGUUCCAGAUCCCGUAUUCAAAUUCUUCUUCUGGAUCGGCUACUGCAACAGCUGCCUCAAUCCUGUCAUCUACACCAUUUUCAAUAAGGACUUUCGCCGGGCCUUCAAGAAGAUCCUCUGCAAAAGCACCAAAGGCACAUUCUUUUGAAGGCCGCUCAGAUCAGCCAUCUUAAGUCACAAGCAUGUCGAGCUCACUCCCCCAAAGACGAUUCCAUUCAGUUCAUUUUAACAGGUGAAUAAAGGAUAUUGGGAAAGUCACGUGCUAAGUAACGACGACCUAAAACUUACCAGCGUGGCUUUAAAUUAUGGGGACUGCUCUGAGUAACAACUAAAACUUUCUUUUAAGUGAUCAAGAGCUCAAUUUGAACAAGGCUUCAGUGACUGAUUGAAUGAACACUGGGCACAAGGAGUGAGCAGCUUUGUGAACUGCACCGAGGAAAGUGCUGCACUUAUAUUAAGUUAAGGAUUUAAUUAGAAACUUAAUGCUACCACAACUUAAUGCGUGACUUCAGCUCGUAAAUGUUACUUAGGUUCUUAUUUUUUAAAGAGCCCUCAGGGAUGUUCAUGGGUUCCUAAAUUUUAUUAAAAUAAAAUAUGACUUAAUUUUUUAAGCUUCUUUUAAAUGUAUCACUGGACCAGAAACAAAUUGAUCCUCUACAUUUAUUUUGAGAAGCUUUAACACAAUCUAUUAGUAGCAGAACUGUAUUUUAAGAGAGAAGUGCAAGAAGAGUUAAGUAUGGUUACAAACAAACAGGUCUGAAUAGUUGGUGUUUUUUUCUGGACAUUUUUAUAUAUAUAUAAAAUAUAUCUGUGUGUUUGUGUGUAUGGCACUUCCAGACUGCAGUACGCCUGACACCUUAUGGAUCAUUUUCCUGGUGUGAAAUUUAACAUCUCACAUCGCGAGAGUAAAAUUGCAGAUUCACACUGUCUGUUUGCUGAUGGACAUGGUGACGUCUUAAAGGAUGAGCAAGUACUCCUGGAUUUAAAGUUCGCCUGCCUGGAUGCUUGCAAGUUCUGAGAAAGACAAACAAUGUUCUGUGAUGUUCUCACAUGGAUUUUUAUCUCUUUCUGGAAUCGUUUUCUGUGUUCUGGGGGUGAGUGGAGGACUGUUCUGCACUAUGGUAAGGUGCUCGUAAAGUGUGCUUUUCUCACUAUCAGGACAGUCUGAAUGGUAGUUUGAAGGUCUGGCUGAAUGUAGCAGCCUUGUAGAAACAGAGCUGGCGUCAGAGCCUGCAGUUCCUUGUUUACGUUUGUGCGCCAGUCGUCUGGGUCUUUGGACGUGUACGCGCCUCUCACAACGCAUGUGAAAGAGUCAGCGCACCUGCUCUUACUCCCUCCAAAGCAGGGCCUAGGAAAUGUGUGUGAGUAAUUGGCUUACCUUCACUAUCACUGAUAAUAUUGGUGUGUGUGGUUCUGGAAGAUUAGUCAUGAUAUGCAUUCUGUUCUACCACAAUUCCCAUCUGGGACAGUGUUCCCUGCUUCAGGAAGGCAGGAUGUGUUGACAAUGAGAUGUGACUAUUGGGAUGUGACCAGUACAUGUUCUGUAUUAUUUAUUUGUUCAGUUGGUGUUUGUCUCUAUUUUCAGUAUCUUGUAUUAUUUUCUUCAAGUAUACCUAUUUCUGAAAUGAAACAAAGAUGGCAUGUAUUUAAUAACUGAAAACCAAUUGAUCAAGAAAAAAUUAUAUCUCCAGUGGAUGUUUUGAUUUUUAUAUAAUGGAAUGGGUACAGCCUUGAUGGACUGUCAGAGCUGAGUUCUUGUCAGGAUUUUUUUUUCCCCUGGGACAGAGCAAAGACACAAUUUAUAUCACAGCUGUGCUCGACUCUCAUUCCCUGCACUAUUCCUGUAGGUUAUUUUUCUUUGUUUGGUUUUGUUUCUCUGGAGUACAAAAUAAUGGUGGCUUGUUUCCUCUACUUCAAAAUAAAGCAAUUAAAAUGAAA